AUGGGCGACGACAACAAGGUGGAGUCCGUGUACGACCUCGUUUCGUGGAUGAACAAGGUGGGCACCAACUUUGAGGGCUGCCAGGCGGAGAUGAAGGCCGUCCCCGACACCGACAAGCUGCUGCCCACCAAGGCAGUGAUGUACCCCUCCACACUCGUGGCCCAGGGUCUCGUCAGCGGCUACACGCCGCCCCAGUCCCAAAUGUAA